AUGAUCAUCUGUAUAUGCGUCGUUGACUAUGACAUCCGAAUUGCCCUUGUGGGAAGAGGUUUUCCUACCAGAUUUCAUCGUAAGAAGGCUAUACAACAGUUUCGGAAAGCCAAAUUUGCUGAGAAACAGGCUGCGAAAGUAGCGUCUGUUAGUUUGGAACGACCAGGUUUUAUUGAAAAGGAUGUAGAUGAGGUCGUUACACAGGAAAUAAUUCGUCAAAACGUUGAUUUGGGUUCUGCCUCCAAGCAAUUCGAGCUUACCCUUGACUCAGGACCUUAUGUUAUUGAUUACUCUCUAAACGGAAGGUACCUUGCCAUUUGUGGAAAGUGGGGUCACCUUGCAGCUUUUGACUGGAUGACCAAACGGCUAAUGUUUGAGAUCAACGUGAAUGAGGAAUGUCGUGAUGUGAAAUUUCUUCAUCAGGAGACCUUCAUCUCGGUUGCUCAAAAAGGAUACACCUACGUUUACGAUAACCAGGGCAUCGAGUUACAUUGUCUCAAGCGUUUAGCUGGCGUUCGGCGACUUGAGUUUCUGCCGUACCACUUCAUCCUGGUGGCAAUGGCUGAGAAUGGGUUUAUGUACUAUUUAGACACUUCAGUUGGCGAAAUCGUUGCCUCCUACCCUACUUUUAUGGGGUCGCUCAACGUCGCUUGCCAAAAUCCGAGUAAUGCCUCCAUCUUAACGGGUCAUCCUAGCGGCGCCGUUUCAAUGUGGAUUCCAACUGAGAAGACGCCUGUUGUGAAAAUGCUCUGUCACAAUUCAGGAAUCAAAUCUAUUGCCGUUAAUCGUACAGGCCAAUAUCUUGCAACCUGUGGCCUGGAUAGGUAUUUAAAGAUGUGGGACAUUAGGUCUACCCACAAAUGUUUAUCUGAAAUCACUCUUGCAACACCUGCGAUCACCAUGGGUUUCAGUCAAAUGGGUCUUCUCGCUUUGGGAUCAUCAACCACUGUUCAGGUUUUAAAGGAUCCAGCUACAAACGCUGUGGCAGAGCAGCUCGUGAACGUGGAAGCGGGUCGAGUCCACCGGCGUGUGCUGCGCGGUGCAUAUCUAGCACAUAACUGCAAGCGACCGGUAAAUGACGUGGCUUUCUGUCCCUUUGAGGACGUUCUCGGUGUGGGCACCUCCGGGGGGUUUCAAUCCCUUCUUUGUCCAGGUGCUGGAGAGCCGAACUUUGAUGCACUCGAGGAGAAUCCCUUUGCUAAUAGGCGCUAUCGUCAGGAACGAGAAGUUCGUCGUCUACUUGAUAAAAUACCGUACACGAUGAUAUCGGUGGACUCGAUGUUGAACAAGGUUCGACGCCAAGAUAUCGAAGAGGAGUGGGAGAAGAAAUGCAAGGCUCUGCUGGGCGAAAUACCGAAAGUGCCAAUGCCGAAGGUGAAUCGGAGUAAGCGGAAAGGUCGCUCGAAGGCCCAGAAUAUUGAAAAGAGGAAGCAGGUAUUGCGCUUCAAUCGGAAGCAGUUUGAAAUCUCGACUCUGAUGCGUGAGAAGGUGGUGCGGCGCGACAAGGAGAAGGUGUCGGAGGCCGACAUAGGGAAUCUACCUAGCGACUUCUUGGUGGUCAAGCGGAGAGCCAAAAAGCGUACAAACUCGGCUCUGGACGUUCUCAUUCCCAGAAAACUAGAUUAA